AUGUGCAAGCUGAAGUUGUCUGAAGCUAUUGUUGUCAACUUGCUGAUAUCGAAAUUAGAUCCUGAUACCAGAAAGGCAUGGGAAGCCACAGUAGAUCAUGGUGACCUUCCGGUAUACGCGGAUACAGUGGAUUUUCUGAGAAAUCAUUGUUAUAUGUUGGAAAGAUGUGAGGAUUCUAUGAUGUCGGGGAAGUCAAGAGGAGGAAAUGUCAGUUCUGCUAGGAGUGGUGUUCCUGCUGCUGCUCCGGUCAAGGCGCAUGUAGCUUCAGUACAGCAAAGCAAGUGCCCGGUUUGUGACAACGAUCACCUAGUGGAAGCAUGUGAGGCUUUCAAGAAGAUGAGCGUAAGCAGUCGCUAUGCGAAAGCAAAGCAGUGUGGUCUUUGUUUUGGAUGCUUGAAGAGAGGACACCGAACAGCCAACUGCAAGAUGGAUACCAGCAGGUUGUGUGAAUGUCAGAAGAGACACCAUCCCCUAAUGCAUAUCGACGAAAAACCAGAGAAGGUGGAGACGGCAAUAGGUGAUACAUCGGCGAAGCAGGCUGCUGUUGGUACGGCAGCGACGAAGGAAUCACCGAGAAUUGUAGCAACGUGUGCGGUUCCAGUGUUGCAGAAUGCAGUACAGAAGCAGGUGUUAUUGGCGACAGCGAUCGUUGAUGUCUUCGAUAGUAGCGGUGUGCCACAAAGAUGUCGUGCAUUACUGGACUCUGGAGCAAUGGCGAAUUUUGUAUCCCAAAGAAUAAGUGAUUUACUGCGUUUACGCAAGGAAAGCGUAGACAUACCAGUAGUUGGUGUGAACGGAACUCGAAUGACAGUGAAAUUCAGAGUCAACGCUACCGUAAGGUCUAGAGCUUCGGACUGUGUACUCUCCUUGGACUUCUUGAUAGUACCACGCGUGACAGGAGCACUACCAGGAAUGCAGUUGGACACUUCAAAUUGGCCGAUACCAGAUGAGCUUCAGUUGGCAGAUCCAGGGUUCUUCCGCUCCAGUCGCGUGGACAUGCUUAUUGGAGCAGAUGUUUUCUAUGAGCUGAUGCAAGCAGGGAAAAUUAGGAUGUCCGACGAACUUCCAUUGCUGCAGGAAAGUUUGCUGGGAUGGCUGGUGGCUGGAUCUUUUAAUGCUGAUCGAGGUGUAUCCAGCGUCAAGAUUUGCCAGGCGGAAGUUAACGAUAGGAGGGACGAUCAUCUGAGUUUGUUACUGGAACGUUUUUGGAUGAUUGACGACCAAAUGACCGAACCCUUGAAUGAUGCUUGCGAAAGACAUUUCCGGGCUUCGUAUACCAGAGGAAAGGACGGUAGAUAUAUCGUGCAGCUUCCAUUCAAGGAAGAUGCAAAUAGACUAGGGAAUUCGAGAGACCAAGCGGAGAAGAGAUUCAAGGCUCUAGAGAAAAGACUGGAGAAGUGCCCUGAAGUAAAGAAAAUGUACUCGGAUUUCGUGAAUGAGUACAUAGAUUUGGGCCAUGCAAGAGUUUUGGAUGCUGAUGAAGCUAAGCUGGGAGAAGGAUAUUACUUGCCACACCAUUGCGUACUAAAGCCCGAUAGUUCAACGACUAAGUUGCGGGUGGUUUUUGACGCGUCCGCAAAAACAACCAACGAUGUGUCAUUGAAUGAUAUCUUAAUGGAUGCUCCAACAGUACAGAAACCACUAUUUGAUAUAAUUUUGAAUUGGCUACCAGAGAUGUUUGUGGAGAGGAGACAACUAUUAACGGUGACGUACGGUAUUGGCCCGGCAGGCUUUCUAGCAACUCGCUGUCUUCUUCAGUUGGCCGAAGAUGAAGGUGAAAGAUUUCCUGAAGCAAGCGCGGUACUUACGAAGGCGUUCUACGUUGACGACGCACUUUCUGGUGCUGACACACUGGAAAAAGCGAAGCAAUUGCGAGAAGAAUUGCAGAAGUUAUUGAACAAGGGAGGAUUUAAGCUACAUAAGUGGUGCGCUAAUAAUCCGCAGUUACUGGAAGGAGUGCCAAUUGAGGAUCGUGAGAAACAUCUCAGCUUCGAAGACAAUGAAGUAAACGGAGUUAUAAAGACGCUAGGACUUUUGUGGGACCCUGUUACCGAUCACUUUAUGUUUCGUGUCAAACCGAUGACGGACAUGGGUAUUCCGACAAAGCGUGAAGUAUUGUCCGAGAUUGCAAGAUUGUUCGAUCCCCUCGGCGUUUUGGGACCAAUCGUAGUGCUAGCCAAGAUAGUGCUACAACAGCUUUGGCGGAAAAAUGUGGAUUGGGAUGACCCGAUUCCGGACGAAGAGUUUGUGGUUUGGAGUAAACUGAGAACGGAAUUAUGUAGUGUAAACAAUAUGAAGAUACCAAGGCUUGUGACAGUGGAUAAUCCAAUAACGUUCGAACUACAUGGAUUUUCGGACGCAUCAACUAAAGCGUACGGCUGUUGUGUGUAUCUGAAGAGCAUAACUGCUGACGGCGUUGGAGAAGUGAGGUUGCUUUGUGGUAAAUCACGAGUAGCCCCGCUUAAGGAAUCAGAAAGGAAGGAGAAGGAUGGAGCAAUGCCGGCGGAAAUGACAGUUCCAAGGUUGGAGCUUUGUGCGGCCGUUUUGUUAUCCAGACAGAUUAAAACAGUGCGCGAAACCUUAGACGUCGAUAUCAAUCGAAUUGUUCUAUGGUCGGACUCGAAAAUAGUGAUUUGUUGGUUGAAAAGAGUGAAACCCGAACAGUCAAUAUUUGUAAAAAAUCGUAUCACUGAGAUACAGAAUUUGAACCCAGACUCCGAGUGGAAGUAUGUAAACACGAAGGAAAAUCCCGCCGAUCUAAUUUCGCGUGGAGUGCAACCGAAUGAACUAAUGUGCAGUGAGUUAUGGUGGAAUGGACCCGAUUUCCUUCGUGUUCCGUACGAUGCGCUGUCCACAGAGGUCGGAGAUUAUGAGGAACAGUGUGUUGAAAACAGUGUUGUUGCUGGAGUAGCUGUGGUUAAAGAUGAAACAAAUAACCCAUACGAAGAAAUUUUGGCGUGUAGCAGCUUCAGGAAGCUGCAAAGAAUAUUUGCAUAUGUGUGUCGAUUUAUCUUCAAUUGUCGAGCGAAUAAAUCAGAUAAGAAGAAAAGAUCCGGAAGUAUUGGUUUGCUCGACUACCGUGAUUCUGUUUAUUGCAUGGUGCGCGUUGUGCAAAGAAUUGUGUAUCGAAACGAGAUAAGCAGAAUUCAACGUGGUGAACGUGUCAAGGAAAGUUGA